AUGGCUUCUACCAACAACGAGCGUGACAAUAUGAAGCACAAUGACGGCUCUACCGAGCUUGUUGUGUCAGGCAUGGCGAACAGCUCUGAACCUCUAUCAACCCCUGAUGCUUCUAAAGCCAUUUCAACAUUUUCAGUCACUCCAGAGCGUAUGCUAGACUUGCUUGACCCAAAAAACCCAGAACUCUACUUAGAAUGGGGCAAAGCUGCAGGUCUUGCAAAAUCACUGCAAACGGAUCUCAAAAACGGACUUGCAAAAGAUUCGUCUUUACAUCAAGAUCGUUUAGACUUUUAUGGCACCAAUUCACUUCCCGAGCCAGCAUCUAAAAACAUUUUCCAAUUCAUGUGGGAUGCUUUGCAAGACAAGACACUGAUUGUUCUCUGCGUUGCUGCCUUUGUCGAAAUGGCUAUUGGCAUCUACAAAUUUAGAUUUGCUCCCAUUGGAAAGCGCGAUAAUCUCGGUUUGAUUGAUGGUGCUGCAAUUGUAGUUGCUGUGCUGAUUGUCGUUUUGGUUGGGUCCAUUAGUGACUACCGAAAACAAAAUCAAUUUCGUCAACUCUCUGAUUUCUCCAAAUCACUUUCUGAAACCAAGGUUGUUCGAGAUGGCGAGACUAUUUUUGUUCCAACCGAAGAUAUUUUGGUUGGUGAUAUUGUAAUGAUUGAGACGGGUGACAUUGUUGUUGCCGACGGUGUUUUGGUUGAAGGAUUUCAAGUAAAGACCGAUGAAAGUACACUUACUGGUGAGCCCAACUCGGUCAACAAGGAUUUGGCUCGUGAUCCAUUUUUGCUCUCUGGCACCAAAGUGGUUAAUGGUGUAGGUCGUAUGAUUGUCGUUGCCACGGGAAUCAACUCGCUUAAUGGUCGAUCUCUACUAGCUUUGGAAGUAGAGCCGGAAGCUACACCUUUGCAAGAAAAACUUGGUCGUAUUGCUGACAUGAUUGCAAAGUUUGGUGUAAUUGCUGCAUUUGGCAUGACUGUCGUUCUAUUGAUAUCAUACUUUGUGGCUUCUCCUCCUGCUGGAAAAGACUCGUUCCAAAUAUCGCAGGAUAUUGUUGCACUUUUGAUUUUGGCCAUUACAAUUGUUGUUGUUGCUGUACCUGAAGGUCUUCCUUUGGCUGUCACCAUUUCUCUGGCUCAUGCUACGCUCUGUAUGCUUAAGGAUAAUAAUUUAGUGCGUCAUUUGGCUGCGUGCGAAACUAUGGGUAAUGCCACAACGAUUUGCUCUGACAAAACUGGUACGCUUACUAUGAACAGAAUGACGGUUGUCGAAGGUGUGAUGCUCCAGGUUGAUUUUAAACAUGCCGAUAUUCCAGAAACAUUAAAAAAGAGCAUUUUUUCCAACGUGACGGUUGGGGCAGUUGAAAAACUGCUUGGAUUCAUUGCCAUGUCUCUUAAUGUCAACUCUACUGCCAGCGAGUCCAAAGACAAGGAAGGUGUUUUGUGCUUUAACGGAUCCAAGACAGAAGUUGCAUUGCUCGAGUUUACUCGACUUCUUGGAUUUGAAUAUCAAAAGGACAGAGAUACUGCCAAGCUUGUCGCGAUUCAGCCUUUUAGCUCCGAUCGUAAACGCAUGUCUUGCGUGAUGCGUAUUCCCGUCAAUUCGGACCUUGAAAAUCAGCUUGGACUUGCUCCUAACGAAAUGUCAUCUUCAGAUGCUACAACCAAGGACUGGGUUUGCAUUAAAGGUGCAUCAGAAAUUGUUUUAGGACUCUGUGAUCGUUAUGUAGAUGCUAAUGGCAAGGUCCAGCCUUUGACUGAACAAGACCGUGCUCAUUAUACGGAACUUAUUAGCUCUUAUGCCUCCAAUGCUCUACGUACCAUUGGUGCUGCCAUUCGUCCUUUGCAAAUAGAUGACAGGACCACGGCCAAUGGCAAGUCUGAUUUGAUUCCAAGUGGUGAUCAAGCCGAGGAGCAGGAACAGAGUAUUCCCGAUGACAGUAAUUUGAUUCUUAUUGGUAUUUUCGGUAUUCAAGAUCCUCUUCGUCCCGAAGUUCCAGCUGCUGUUGCUUCCUGCCAGUCUGCCGGCAUUGUUGUUCGCAUGGUUACCGGAGAUAACAUUCAGACUGCGCGUGCUAUUGCUCGUGGUUGCGGUAUUCUGACUGCCGACGGUCUUUCUAUGGAAGGUCCCAAGUUCCGUAUGCUCACUGAAGCCGAAAUGAACGAUGUUCUCCCUCGCUUGCAAGUUUUGGCUCGUAGUUCACCUCUCGACAAGCAAAUUCUUGUCAACAAUCUUAAGCGUCUUGGCGAAACGGUUGCUGUUACUGGUGACGGUACCAAUGAUGCACCUGCUCUUGCAGCAGCCGAUGUUGGAUUUUCCAUGGGCAUUGCUGGUACUGAGGUUGCCAAGGAGGCUUCCGACAUUGUGCUCAUGGACGACAACUUUGCUUCACUGGUCAAGGCUGUCAUCUGGGGUCGAUGUGUAUACGAUUCCAUUCGCAAGUUUUUGCAAUUCCAGCUUACUGUCAACGUUUCUGCCGUUUUGCUUACUAUUAUUACUUCGUUCUAUACCACUGUUUCUGGACCAAAAACUGUGGUGUCGGUUCUCAGUGCAGUCCAACUUUUGUGGAUUAAUUUAAUUAUGGACACUUUUGCUGCUCUUGCUCUUGCCACUGAUCCACCUUCGCCCGACCUGUUGAACCGUAAGCCAUCUAAUCGAUCCGAAUCCAUUAUUUCUCCAGACAUGUUUAAAAUGAUUGUUGGUCAGGGCGUUUAUCAGAUUGCGGUUUGCUUGGUGCUUUUCUUUUGUGGACCUAAAUGGUGGGGAACUCAUACUGGCUCUAUCGAUGAAAUUGAGGCCAUCAAGGAAACUGGUGUUGAUAUUACCACCGCCUCGAUCAUCUUCAACUCGUAUGUAUUCUGUCAAGUAUUCAACGAAAUCAAUUGCCGCUCUAUUACAAGCGCUGAAAAAAACAUCUUUAGAGGCUUUUUCGCAAACAAAAUGUUUCUCGGUAUUCUCGCCCUCACCAUCUUCUUGCAGGCCAUCAUCAUUCAAUUUGUUGGUGUCAUUUUCAAAACUAGUCCGAAUGGCUUGACCGGCGUUGGCUGGGGAAUUUCUCUUUUAGUUGGUUCGGGAAGUCUUAUUGUUGGAUUUUUAGUCCGUUGUCUUCCUGAUUUCCCACUUCCAAAAUUCUUGUAUCCUACUCAGCCCAAGAAAACUGGUCGUGGCGUCGAUGGUUCUAUUGUCGAUACUCCUGUCACUGUCACGGUUACCAAACCCAGCUUGGACGGUUUUAGACCUGACGGUACUGCUGGUGCUAUCAUGCCGGCUUCCGACAAGGACAGCUAUACCGAAAAGCUUAUUGUUACUGGAGCGGAUAUACCCGUAAAGAUUCAUGGUGAAGAAAAGGAGGAGUUUGGUGCUCUUGCUAUUGGAGACUCUGAUCAUUUGAACUCGGUGACUGAGCGCAACAACAGUCGCCAAUUAUGGAAUUCGGCCAUUAAAAAGACUCGUAUACAACUUCGCGUUGUUGGUCACUUUACAGCACCAGCGGGCAGCCGUGUCCGCGCCAUGUCUUCUGGAAAGUAUCAUUUUACUUCUACUGCACCACCCGAACUUUCUUCUACGUUUGGGUCGCUUCAUCUUCCUGCCACUUCAGCAACGCCAAGCGGCGUUAGCAUGCGCUCACCACCUUUGGAUUCAACCUUCAAUACAGCUUCAGCUUUCUUGUCACCUGGAAUGGGAGGUUCCAAGAUUGAUUCUACAACUGCAGAUUCUGCAGGGGCAGAUGGUAAGCAAGGAUCGUAUUUCUUGGACAAACACACAGCGGAACAUUCCGCUACUCAAUCUGCAUCCACUGCACCAACAUCAUCCUCAUCACAAUGGCUGACUGUUCGUGAUCUUGUCCGAACUGUGUCAGUUGUCAAUGCGUUCCGAACAGGCCGUUCCAAACGUAUUGAUUUUACAACCCUUCAAGUGGUCGAUGUCAACUCUAUUCGUCGCACUCGUGCCAUACAUGCUCGUCAAAUGAUUGCAUCCCGUGCAUCGCAUCUUCCUCCAAAUAGCCGAGCUCCCGCAGUCAAGAGCUCCAUUGAUGCUGGAAGCAAUUCUGGCAGCGUCAGUGGAUCCAAUCGACUAGCUUGAGAAAUGGAAGGAGAAGCAGCAACUUGUCUAGUUUUUAUUUUCAUAUCUUUUUAGUCUUAUUUUUCCAAUCAUCCAGUUACUUGUAGCUAUUCUACCAUUUCUUAUAAAAAGGACUUUUUGAUCCAUGUUUUUAUAAUGGAGUAUAUUUAGUCGUAUUCACGUAAAAUGGAACACUAGAAAAGGAAUCGAUGCAUAAUAAAUAGUUUCCUGAAAUG